GGAGCAUCGAAUUUCAUUCGUGAACGCGAGACGAAGAGACCAUCAUCCGAAUCACACGUGUGUCCGUCCUUUGAAGCACUCGUCAACGGGAUCACGUCCUGUCUGUCGGCCUGGACUUGAAAUGCUUGUCCUUGCAGUUAGGAUAAUCUAGAAAACUGACAGCUUCUGAGCCUUCCAUCACCAACACACAUCGUCGUCUUCGGGCAUUUGAAGAAGAGUGCUCGGGUCACGAUAAGCCUAAGAAAGGCUUGGGAGGUUAGUGACAAAUGUUAUCUGGCUGUGUACAUCCUCCUCUAAAAUACCGAUAGUAGUCUUUAAAGAUUAUACAGUGUAUCAUCUGCUCUGGCUUCGAAACCAGGCCCGCAGGAAACACGAAGCAGGAUACGUGGAAAUAUCCCAGACUUGAGAUUUCGUGUUAUAUUCUAGCUACUUGACAUCUCGGUGCUAGAUUGCGUGUUAAUUCGAAAGGAAACCGUAUAUAUCGUAAAGUUCAUGUUUAUUCUUUCUCGACAUUUCUAGUGAAUAUAGUGUACAGUUCGAGUUCCUAACAGACCAUAGUCUUCUGCAAGAAACGACAAUAGCGUGUAAUGUGAGGAAGAACAUUCCUCUCCUUACAGCAUAUAAGAGUAUCUGAAUGAAUUUUGCAACGUAACAUAACGCAAAAUUAGUCUGUUAGAGGAAAGAUAGCCCCUGAGACUGUGCUAUCCUGAAAUAUCCAAAGAUUCCACCGUUUCCCAAAAGACAAAACCUCGGAUGCUGAGCUCCCGAGCGGCCGCCUUCAGCGUGAAGGCGCUCCUGAACCCGGCCACCGACAAAGGGAAAGAAUCUCCGCAGCCAACAGCUCGCUCGGCCAAAAACAGACGGAAAAAGCCCAGUAGGAUAAAACACAAUCAUGGUGGAAAUAUAUUCCGGGAAAACAAUCAAGGGAUUAUGGAACCGACCCUGGACGUCGAACCUCCCUUGGUACAGCACAGGAACCCCAGACUGCCGCCGUUGAGACCCGGCUCAUUUGGCCGCCAUGAGAUCUACACUGGUGAUGAUGCUAAAAACGUGCUCGAUGAAGAGGAGGAGCUGCUAGAUGUAGAAAACUGUGCCGAUCCCUUAGACGUUUGCAGUUCACCUUCGCACCCUUCGGCUAUGAACCUGCCGGCCAUCACUUCUCCUCCGUAUUCGCCCAUGGGAGCUACGAGUCCUAGGGAUCUCCCUCCCUGUUCCUCCGGGGAUUGCGAUGCCCUGUCGUUGUCACCUCCGUAUUAUGCACAGGGUAUUUCGACGUCUAAUUCUGGGAAUAACGAUUGGCAGGCGUUUCCUCAAGCUCCAUCCGAGAAUGUGGACAGGGGCGGCGGCGACCAUUCAGUCAAUAACGAGGUCGGUCUGGGUCUUAGUUGCUCCAGUAUCACAAUUCAACUCCUGCAAACUGACCUCUGGUCAAAGUUCAACGAUCUCGGAACCGAAAUGAUAAUAACGAAAAACGGAAGGAGGAUGUUUCCAGUAGUAAAAGUGGGUCUGCGUGAUCUUCAUCCUCACAAGACUUACAUGGUUUAUCUCGACAUGAUAGCUGUUGACACUCGCAGAUAUCGUUACGUUUAUCCGAGCUCGCGCUGGAUGGUAGCAGGGACAGGUGAGCCACUGGGGGAUCAUUCACCUUACAUUCAUCCAGAUUCUCCAUCCACUGGGGCUCAAUGGAUGGCAGCUCCUUCGAUUGCCUUUGACAGGUUAAAACUUACCAACAACAAAACCCGACUGACCAAAGGGCAGAUCAUUCUUCAUUCGAUGCAAAAAUACCAGCCUCGCAUUUGGGUCCAGGAGGUAGACCCAUCCACCACCUGCGCGGAUUUGCCAUCUUUCAUCAACCCGAGCCAGGCAGAGUCGGCAAGCUUCCCUGAAACCACCUUCAUCACGGUUACCGCUUAUCAAAAUCAGCAGAUAACGCGAUUAAAGAUCGACAGCAAUCCGUUCGCUAAAGGUUUCAGGGACACAACAAAGCAAAAGGAAAUACUUGACAGACGGUUGCAUCAAGAGAUUGGUUCACACAGCACCCAGUCCCUCCCAGCUGUGUCCUUUAUCUUGCCUCUUGGUCUACCCGGCCCUCCUCACCUGCCCUUGGCUAGAUACCCGCCUCAGUAUCCUUUCACCAGUCCUUCCUCGCUGCCCCAAUUUGGCUUGCCGUGCCCCCAGCCUCCAUCGCAGUAUCAUCGUGGAGACCCAUCCAUUCACGCCCCUUAUGCCCUCAACAGCCCCGUCUCUCCUCCGAUAUCCCCAGUUAUGUUAUCACACCAGUGGUACCACGAGGCCCUAGAAGGAGUCGUUGCACGGGGAGGAGUUGAGGGGGGAGCAGGAGACGUAGGAAGAUUGCCGUGGAUACCAAACAUGAGUCCUUCUGCGUUGCUUCACGGGUCCAGCAGUAUGCCCUUGUUCUACCCACCGUUCAUGCCAAAUCUCCAUAUUCACCAUCCCCAUGCCCUGGACCUAACCAAGAGGAAAGAAAACACGUGACGAUGGAACAUGGCGCGCCGCCGUAAUUAGACCCAAGGUUUCCUCUUGGGUGGUGCUCCAGGGGAAGGGACACUGAUCGCGGUCGAGCUUCUGGCGAUAACUGAAGAAGUUGUGAUCUUUCAGAAGAAACAGAGUUGGAACUGAGCUAUGGAACACCUUCGAUGACUGGUGUCACCGUGCUGAAAUGAAUCUUCAGUCACGGUAAGGGCAUUGGGGAUGAAUUCAGAGGCGCUCGCAGCUAGCAACGACUAUAGGAUAUUUUUCGACAUAAAUCGGUAUUAGAAAACCAAAUUUACUAGUCUGAUAUUGUAGUAGUAAGUUAUCAAAUGAAAAUUGUUGAAGAAAUGUAAAUAUAGUGUGAUUUGUUUAACUUUUCUGUGAAUAAUAUGAAUACCUUAUUCCUAUAACUGAGUCAUUCCUUUUCCAAUAGUUGAAAUUGCUGUGUCAAAAUAUAUAUAAUAAUAAGAAAGGAGUCACAUGACAGAAGAGGAAAUAGGAAAAAGGUUCACUCACCUCAGCCUCUCUUCUCCUGGUUCUAAUGUAAUUUGGUCUAGGUUUUUAACCCGUCUGUUGUCCACUGGACCCCAGUUGACACAAUCAAGCACGUUCUAUAAU